GCAAGAUGGAACCAGUGCAACGAUGCCAGAUUUUUGAACGUCAUUGUGCGACGUCAUGCUUGGGCUUGAUUCGUCCAACUCCCGAUAACCCCUAGGAUUGCGGAUGGAAGCCUUCAGCAAUAUCCGGCAGAGCGACUUCUCCUGGUCGGCCAUAUCGACCGAGGCGCUCCUGGCCGAGCUUUCGAAGCGCGACGAUGCUGCAACAAAACCGGAGUGUGGCUCGGGGAAGAAGGGCUCGUACGACACGUCUCUCCACGUCUUUGCCCUGUUCCUGAUCCUCUUAGUGAGCACCUUGUCAUGCGCAUUUCCCCUCUUCUCCCGGCGACUGUCGAAAGGCCAGAAGCAAAGUAGGAUCGUCUUCCUGUCGCAACACUUCGGCACAGGCGUUCUCCUCGCGACCGCAUUCGUCCACCUUCUCCCGACGGCCUUCACCUCGCUGACCGACCCAUGCCUCCCCUAUAUCUUCAACGAGGGAUACCGGCCGAUGGCCGGGUUCAUCGCAAUGGCUUUUGCAUUGAUGGUCGUGGCAUUGGAAUCGUACCUGACGACGCGCGGCGCUGGCCAUUCGCACUCCCACCAGGUGUGGACUGACGAGGAUGACGACGGCUCCGAAGACGGCCAGGCUACCGCGCUCCGGCCGCGCGGCGAAAGCUUUUCUGCAAGACGGCAGUCGGGCCAUCGGCCAGCGGACAUUGCCCUCGAGGACAUGGAAACACAGGGCCUGGUCGCCGGCGCAUCUCCGUUGCCGGGGUCAACGCCCACGCAACACCGGAAUGGGGCCAAGGCGGCAUUCAAGGCCGGGGGGAGCACCGGUUCGGAUCAUGACGGCGACGACAGGGAAUCGCUGGAUCUCGAAUUGAACCUGGAUGAGCUGGACCCUAGGCACAGCGACGAGAGCCACGCGGCGCCGCCGCAACCGCUGCCGAAACGCAACGCCGCCUCGCCGACGCCGCACCCGCCCAACAAGGAGGAGCAGAAGCGGCUCCUUCUCCAGUGCCUCCUCCUGGAGGCGGGCAUCCUCUUCCACAGCGUCUUCAUCGGAAUGGCGCUGUCGGUGGCGACGGGGCCGACGUUCGCCGUGUUCCUGGUGGCGAUCGCGCUGCACCAGUCGUUCGAGGGCCUCGCGCUCGGCAGCCGGAUCGCGGCGAUCCAGUUCCCGAGGUCGUCGCCGCAGCCGUGGCUGAUGGUGGCGGCGUACGGGACGACGACGCCCAUUGGGCAGGCGAUCGGGCUCGUGGUGCACAACCUGUAUGACCCGCUCAGCCAGACGGGGUUGCUGAUGGUCGGGUUCAUGAACGCCAUCUCGAGCGGGCUGUUGCUCUACGCGGGGCUCGUGCAGCUGCUCGCUGAGGACUUCCUCACCGAGAAGAGCUAUCGCGCCCUGAGGGGGAGGAAGAGGAUCCACGCCUUCUUUGCUGUCGUCGCGGGGGCGGUGCUUAUGGCUGCUGUCGGGGCCUUGGCGUGAUGGAUCUAUUGGCUAUAUACCUGUUCGGCCAUCUAGGUGUCCUUAUCCAAUGUUUUGGGUACUGUUCUCGACCACUAUUUGCGGUGGCUUGUUUGGAUAGCCGAGUUGGUGGUGCAUAGAUGAUCUGGCGUUUUGCAUAGGGAACUGAUGUAUCUUAGAUUGGAUUCUGUCAAGUCGACAGUCCAGGAGGCAUCAAUCAAUGCUCUUGUUUCUUAAUCGCCACUGGCCAGCGCCUGUUACUGGGCUUCUCCCGCUUCUCCAUCCUUACCUCGCUGCCGACCGUGGGAGCAGCUAGGGAGGAUUCGAUGUUGAACAGGUCAUACCAUACCUGUGCCAUCUUUAUCCUUCUCCCUGUUUCUUUAUUUUCUCUUCCAUAGACUUUGGGGCACUGCUUCGGUAUAAAUUGCCUAUUCGUCCUGUGCAGCGAUUAA